AUGGACCGAUCUGCAGACUUCGAGAUGCCAUCGCCAAAGAGAUUUCGACUAGAAGCUCCAGAACGUGAUCGGGCCGCUGAUCCAGCUACGCCGGUUGACGAUAUGGAUGACAUGUACGGUACGCUGCCAGUGCAGCCUCACAGUCCUACCAGUAGCUCCGGUGUUCUUGCACCAGCCUUCGGCAAAAUCGCGUCUCCAAUAGAUCAAAAGCUAUUCCAGCUCCCUGGUCUGGGAAUGUUCAAUGAGGAUCCCGCCUAUUCGCUCGAGGUUCCCCAACAGCAGUCGCAAUCCUACUCAUCCUUCUCAGAGGCAGAUCAGGGCUCUUCAACAGGGAAUGUGAAGGAUAUGGAGCCAGGAGAUGAGGAAAAGCUUCAUGUCAAUGGCUGGCCUGACGUGGCCGUAGACGACGAGCGCAUUGUCGAUAUCCAGACCAUCGAAGCUGAAAAUACCUCCUCUAACGCUAGCGAGAUCCUUGUGGACGGGAAUGCUACAGGAACUGCGAAAUCUGAAGUACGGGUACCGGAAGCAAAGGCGCCAGUUUGUCAGGAAGUGACACGCUCAGGAUCAGAGCUAGCACAAGCUGCACUUUACUGGCAUUCUUCAGGAACUCUCGUUGACAACGGAGUUUGGCACGGAAAACUUUCGAUCGAGAACGCACCGUUAAUGACCCUAGACCCCAAUACUACCAGAGGAGGAACCCAUGCAGAAGUCUUACAAAACAAGGAUGUUGGCCGAAAUGGUGAGAAUAUUCAGGGAGAGUUGUUCUCGGGAGCGAGGCCUGUCUUUGAACAGAGCGAGAAGAAGAUAUCUAUAGAACAAACCUCCGAAGGACUGGCCGAGGCCAAGGACGAAAACGAAGAAGCGGAAUUUGAAUUAGAUUCUUCUCCGCUUGAAUCUGAUUCAUCCUCGGAUGACUCUACAGAUGCUUCUUCGUCGGAUGACAGCGAUGCUGACGACUACGAGAUGCUGAGUCCAGCAGAGCAAGCUCGCAGGCUAAUGGCAGAAGACGGGGGAUCGGGCGAUGAUGGCAAAGGACAAGGACGGAAAGCUGUUGCAGAAGUACCACGGACGCUAAAUGAGAAGCCAGACGAGUUGGUGCCAAAGCCGAGUGUCAUGGUCACGCAGGACAUGAAGAUCGAGGAACUAGGUCUCGUUGAGAAUACCGUCGAGAACUUGGCUGUGAUUAAAGCGAACACUUCUGGAGAAUAUCAGGUUCUAGAAUCUGGAUCCUUGCUCUGUCUCCAGGAUAGGUCUGUGAUAGGAGUCGUGUCAGAGACUCUGGGCCGAGUUCAGCAACCCUAUUACUCCGUACGCUUUACCAAUGCGACAGCUAUUGCCGAAGCAGGAAUCGGCAAGAACACAAAGAUCUUCUACGUUGCACAGCACUCUACGACCGUUUUCACACAGCCAUUGAAAGCUUUCAAAGGCUCGGACGCCUCCAAUUUGCACGAUGAAGAGGUCGGGGACGAUGAGCUUGAGUUCUCAGACGAUGAAGCUGAAGCCGAGCAUAGGCGGCACGUGAAACAACAGCGAAUGGCGAAGCGCAAUGCUCGAGACGGCCAGCCAGACGGGUUCACUCGUGGACCACAGCAGCAACCUGGCGGGCCUGGCCCUCGUCUCAACGGUGGCUUACAUCCGGUUCAAGAACAUCCUCCGAACUCUGCAGAGGCUGCUCUGAACUAUGACGAUGCUGAUGGCAUGAACGUUGACGAUAACGUGGAUGAAGAUGGCCUAUACACGCCUCUAACAAGACCUUCUAACCUUCACGAAAUACUCUCCGGCAAAGCACCGCCGAUGGACCCUCACACCAGGCGUGGAAACACCAACAGAGGUCGUGGCGGGGCCAGAGGCGGCAACAGAGGCAGAGGAGAUAAUCGAGGCAGAGGAGACAAUCGAGGCAGAGGCGGCAACCGUGGGAUGCGAGACUCAGAGCGAGGGAAACAAACCCGAAAAGACCACGGGAACCGUGAUGGGAAAGGUCAAACCCAUGGGCAUCCCAGCCCCCCAACGCCUCAAACAAUCGGCUUUAGCCAUCCUCAAACCAAUGGCCUCCCACCACGUCCUCGCCCUGAGACCAUUGGCUACCAACGGUCUACUCAUCAAGGAAACGGCUUCCCUCACCCUCCGCCGCCGCAGUCGCCAAUUCCUUCGCCAGCCUAUCAAACCCAACAGCAACCCCAGUCCCACACUCACCCAGGCUACCCAUCGCAAUAUCCAAACGCCUACAACCAAUCCUAUUUCCAACCACCACCACACCAGCCCUACCCUUCCCACUACCCCCAACAGAACCACUCCCAGUACCACCAGCCCCAGCAAUCUAUAUCACGCCAAGGCUACAUGCAACAAUUCGCACCCCAACCCGAUGUGUCAUUUCCCCCUCGACCGCAGUACCCGCCCGCUAUCCUUCCAGGCGCGCACAUCAACCCGAACUUUUUCAAGCAGCAGGGGCAAUCUUCGUCGUCUCAGGGUUGGCAGCAGGGAUAUCAUCAGCAGCAGCAACAGCACGCGUCUCCCGCCGAUAAUAUCACGGGUCCAGCAGGAGCAGUGUCCGACGCGGCGAGAUUGCAGGACUUGCUGAGAGGUUUGGGCCGAAACGGUGGCUAG